AUGUCUGUUGUUAUCUCACAUAUCAUGUAUACCUUUCGCAUUUUUACUCUUUUACUGUUGCUUGGUGCUGUCCACGGUUUCGUCAUCAAGAGGAGUGAUAAUCCUACCGAUACAAGCGAUCCAUUUGGACUGGGAGCCGUGGAGACACAAGUCGAUGUUAUCGUAUAUUUGGCAAAAAGUUUUGAGAAGAACAGCAGGUUCAAACACCCUGUGUUGGUUGCUAUUGCUGAGCAAAAAUUGGAAUACCUCUUGGAUAGCUCUGUUUCUCGCUGCUUAACGUUCUCAGGCACAUAUUCGUCAAUGCAAUCACAACAGCUACUGGUCCGAGUGCAACGGAUAGUCUCUAAACUUGAAAUAUCGCUGGCCGUGUUCAUUAACCUCAAGCAAGAAUUUGGAGUUUACCUAGGCAUCAAGCUUUUGAUAGAGCGUAUCUACAAAUUAAUUGAGAUAACUGACAAUGCCACAGCCUGUUUCAGUGGACAUGUGCAUGCUGACUCCUCCAGCACACUGCAAGAACUUCAAGUGGCCAUUCACGCAAUUUUUGAUCAUGCAUUGGAAAAGCUAAAAUAA